UACUGGUUACUGCCACGCUCAAGAGGCAGAGAUGGCUGCAGAACUUGGAGCUUACUUGCUCCAUCAAGGGUACGAUGCAGACAAGAUCACAAUAUUGACAACCUACAGGAAACAGCUCGGCCUGGUGCUAAAACACUUGCGCCACAUUGGAGGUGAUGCUAAGACCAUCAGAGCCACGUGUGUAGACAACUUCCAAGGCGAAGAGAACGAGAUCAUCAUCUUGUCUUUAGUGAGAAGUAAUUCUUCGGGUUGUAUCGGCUUUUUGGAGAAAGAGAACAGAGCGUGCGUCGCGUUAAGCAGAGCCAAAACUGGCUUCUUCAUGCUGGGAAACAUGACGUGCCUGGCGGCGUCCGGGUCCGCCUCGUGGCGGCACGUGAGUGAGGUGCUGGCCAAGGCGGGCCGCGUUGGGCCGGCGCUGCCUCUGGUGUGCCCGCACGGCCUGAGGUUCUCCGCGCUCAGUGCCGCCGACGUCCGGGAAGCCAAGGAAGGCUGCGCCCUGUGCCGCCUGGCCGCCGCCCUCGCCGAGGCCGAGCGGUUCACCGAGACGGUUGCCGCUGAGCUGGACACUGUCAAGAUGGAACUGGCUGCACUAACCGGUGAUGCUGCCAACGAGGAGCUCACUUCAGAGGAACGCCUCGGGGCGCUGGCGAAGAAGGCCGCCCGCCUCAAUACGAAGAAGCGUCUUGAAAGGGAGCUGCGCGUCCGGGAGGCGGAGGAGAAGGCCUUACGGGAGCAGUGCGGAGAAGCUGAGGUGCUGUUCAAGCAGGGGAAGGUAGACCUCGCCACGGAGACCCUCGAGUCGCUGCAGAAGAAGUUAUCAAAGAGUGGAGUGGCGUUUGAAAUGAGUUCCCUGAUGAAAAGACUCGUGCUAACUUAGCUUCUCACUUCAUCAUGGUAGUUUGGGCAUUGGCAUGUUUUCAGUUUCAUCGCCGUAAAAAAAAAAGGACAGCGUUUCUUUCUAAACAAUAUGAGUGUCCAGAUUUGUCAUAUUCUAGUGUUGUUUAUGUAGCUUUGACCUUGGACUUUUAAACAAUUAUUAUGACAACUACGUCUUCUAUCUUUGACAUUUUGUCUCCAUUGUUCCAAGGAGCAGUAUAACUGUAACGUGUCUGUCUGAGAAACGUUUUUUA